CGCGAGUUUUGUAAACAGUGGAGGUGGAACACAAAAAUUUACUGGAAUUAUGUGUAAGAACAGAUGUACCAUGUUGACAUUGUCAUCAACAACCAAACAAAGUUUUAAACUCAAUAAUCUGGGUUAAAGCAUAAUCAGCAAUGAGGAAAGACAGGAAUCUGCGGACAUAUGGACGUCAUAAGAACCGUGUCAUUGUCACUGAUACAUGGUUACCUGAUAGUGAUAAGAAGAAAGGUGGUGUGUUCAGUACGUCCUCAGAUGAUUCGUCACGUCAAGCCAGCAUCUUCCAGUCCAGCAGUAGUAGUGAGAAUGGAGCUUUGUCUUUAAACUCAACUGGAAAUAGUGACCACUCACUCUUUAGUUCAAAAUCAUCCAAAAUACAAACAAGGAGCACAAGGAAGGUGAGAAAGGCAGAAAAUAAAGAAAAUGAAAAUCCUAAAAGACAAACAAGAAAUACAGAAUCCAAACAAUCUAAGAAGGAAGGACCAAAGGCUAAUAAACAGAUCUUCACUAUUUCAUCAAGCACAGAUUGUUCCAUUGGAUCUGAAAAGACUCGUAAAACUAGAGCCCUUAGAGACAGGAACCAGAAAAUUGACUAUAAUGAUUCUGCAAACUUGAAAAAACAGCUUCGUGGAGUAACAGCCAAACGGAAACGAGCAGUUAGAACAUGCAAUAAUUCAAAAGCUUGUCAUGAGCUUUCAGUGAAUUUCAGUGAUUUUGAUAAUUAUAGUCUAGUUAUUUCUGAUUCACCGCCUGUUGAUGUAAAGAAAGGGAAUAAUAAAGUAUUGUCUGUAGAAACAAGUACCCCUGUAGCAAAAAGGACUAGACGUAAAGAUGCUGCAGAUGACAAUAUGAAAGUUACUGAUAUAUCACAUAUAGAGAUUGUACCUAGCCCAGGUACAGAUGCUGAUUAUACUGACAUAAAUACACCUGAAAGUGUUCAUUCUCAAAGUUUAUUUAACACACCGUCAGUAUUGUCUUCAAACUGUUCAGAAGAUGCAUCAAGUUGGUCAAAAAGGACAGACAAAUCAUCAAAUGGAAUGAAACCACUAACUUGUGUUGCUUCUAUAGAACUGCAGAAACUGAGAGAAAGUUUUAUUUCAAGUGUAUUGUCAGAAGGUGUAAGAGCAAACUUAGCUGAAAGUCGCAUGAAGCAGGUAACACCUCAGAGUCAAGCUUUCAACAAUUCUGAGAGUUUGUUUAGUCCAGCAGAUAGAAAUUUGGAAAAAAAUGUUUCUCUUUUAACUGAACGUUUGAAACAGGUCAGAUGUGGACAGUUGUAUAAUGAUUCAGUAACUGAAGAAAAUAGUGAUGUAACAGAUAAUGAUUCAGGUGAGGAGAGUGAUGAAAAUAGUUGUACUGAAGAAGACACAGAUGAAAGUGAAAGUGAAGAUAAUGAAACAAAUGAUGAUGUCUCCAGAGAUGGAGAUUUAAGUGCAAUACACGAAGAUGAAGAAGCGUCUGAUGACAAAAGUGAUGGAGAAAAUGACAUUGAUGAAGACAGUGAUACUGAUACAGAUUCUGAAAAUAAUGAAACAGAGAGUGAUUCAGAGCAGGAAAGUGAUUCAGGUAGGAGAGUGACUCGAAAUCAAGACAAAAAUUCGAAGUCAAAUUUAGAUAGAUUGUCAGAAAGUUUGUUAAUGAAUCAUGUUAAUAGAAGACGGACUACAAAAUCAACAAGAGUAAGACAGAGUGAUUCUGAUAUUGAUGACUUGGCAGAAUGUUUAGAUAAUUCACACAUAGAUUCUAGUGGUUCAAAUUGCACUUUGUAUAUGUUAAAUGAUGAAAAUAGUGUCGAGUCAAGACAGAGUGGAUCAAUGGGUCUUUCAGUACAUGAGGAGGAAGAAUGUGAAGAAGAUAGCGAGGAAGGUGACAGUUUGUCUAAGAGUGAAUGCAAGUCAGCAUAUCAUACUGCACAUUCUUCUAGACAAAGUGACUAUCAUACAGCAGAAGAUGAUGUUGACGAUGAUGAUGAAAAUGAUGUCAGUGAAGGGGAACAGAUGGAAGAAGAUCCUUGUACACCACCAAGAAAGAAAUACAGUCUGCGUGGUAAAUUUCAAGACCUGCAGAGUUCAUUUUCGGAACUUCUGACACCAAAGAGAAAGAAGAGCAGUAUGGUUCCAUUGUCAGCUCAAGCCAGAGUUCUUGUACUCUGUGACCAGACUGAAGCUAUUACCUUCAGCACAGCUUUGUCAAAGAAAAUGAUCUCAAAGUGUAAGAAGAUAGGAGAGGGCGUGUAUGGAGAAGUUUUCAGAAGUUUCAACACUGAUGGGGAGGCUGUUGCCAUCAAGGUCAUUCCAAUAGAAGGUGAUUUUGAAGUGAAUGAUGAACCACAGAAAAAGUUUGCAGAAAUUCUGCCAGAAGUUGUGAUAGCAAAGGAAUUAAGUAAUCUACGGAGUGCAAAAUCCAGUAUUACAUCCAGCUUCUGUCAAGUGAACAACGUUUCAUGUGUGAAGGGAAAAUACCCAACAGAGUUGAUCAGACAGUGGGACUUAUUUCAUAAAAAUAAAGGCUCAGAAAAUGAUAGACCAGAUGUAUUCCCUGAUAAGCAGCUUUACAUUGUGUUUGAGUUUGCUGAUUGUGGGACAGACCUAGAAUCAUAUAAGUUUGAUUCAAUACAGCAGGCAAAAAGUGUUCUCACACAAGUAGCAUAUGCACUUGCUGUUGCCGAGGAGUCCCUACAGUUUGAACAUCGUGACCUACAUUGGGGUAAUGUGCUGGUACGUCCCACAGAGAAGGAAGAUAUUACAUUCAAGUUGCUGGGAAAACCUAUUACUGUCCCAUCUCAGGGUGUCGAAGCCAGUGUGAUUGACUUCACCAUGUCACGAUUAACCAAAGAUGGAUGUACAGUCUACAUUACAAUUCCUGAUGAUGACACACUGUUUGACGGCCAGGGUGAUUACCAGUUUGAUAUCUACAGGGAGAUGAAAAAAGAGAAUAAAGGUAACUGGGAGACAUUCUGUUCUCAUUCCAAUGUGCUAUGGCUUCAUUAUCUAGCAGACAAACUUGUAUAUUCUACAAGGUACCCAAACCAGUCGGGUAGGCAAGAACGGGAAAUAUUACGGGAAUUCCGUCAGUUUAUGUCAACUAUGUUAGACUAUAGAAGUGCAUGUGAGAUGUCAGUUGAUAGUUUAUUUUUAAAUUCUUGAAACUGAACAGGAAUCAUACAUUUGUCACACAUUCUUAUGUACUCAGUGUCAUACACAUGGACUGUGUAAUCAUGGGGUAUUUACGCAGGGACUGAAGAUUCUGUGUAACCACAUGGAAUCUACACAUGGACUGAAGAUUCUGUGUAACCACAUGGUAUUUACACAGGGACUGAAGAUUCUGUGUAACCACAUGGUAUUUACACAGGGACUGAAGAUUCUGUGUAACCUCACAGUAUUUUCAUAUGGAAUGAAGAUUCGGUAUAACUACAUGGUAUCAGUAUUUAUAUGUGGACUAUGGGAGCUGUGCCUAUAAUAGAAGGUACUCCCUAAACAGAUGUUAUGGGAGGAAAAGUCAGAUGUUACAAUUUGACAAUAAAGAACAUUUUUCAGUGCAGCAUUCAAGUGAUACGGUGUAGUGCCAUAGAGCACAGUUAUUAGUUAAUACUGUGUGUUAGCAUUACUGAUUCUGUGGUUGUUCAGGUUUGCUUUUUUGACAGAAUGAACAUUUUACUUAUUGGAUGAUACUGUAAAAUCAAAUUUUUUCUGUGAGACAUUUAUUUUUGCUGUUUUUUGUAAAAAUUCCAGAUUGAAAUGAUUGUAUGAUAAAUUUGCCAUAAAAACUCUACAAAAUCAUAUAUCCGCAAACAAUUUACAAGAAUAUGUAAGCAGAAAUCUCAAUUUUAAUACCUUUCAGUUUUUUAGGACUAUAGCAAAUACCUAAGCAUAGAAUGUUAUUUUUUUUGUACCUGUCAAUGAAUAAACACCAGGAUGUAUGUCUAUUAUUUCUGGUUUGUUUGAAUUUUCGAAUUCCAGUCUCCCCGCUCCUCUCAGAAGAACAUAGUCAUAGCUAUUUUGCCAAAGUUCAUUUAGUGUUCAUUUAACUUUGCCAGAAAAACAUUUAUUUUGGGAAGGGUGGGGGCGGGGGGGGGUUGUAAUUUAAGUUGUUACCCAGAUUUUAAUUUGUUUAGGCAUGCAUAUUUUAAUAUACAUAUAUGAUUUUUAAUAAGACUUAAUGCAUUUUCAAUUAACAACAUACAUGUAGUACUUUGUAAAGAGAUGUAAGUGCAUGAUUGUAGUUUGCUCUUGUUCUUCAGAAUUCUAUGUCAAUAGUUAUCUUGACCUUAAACUCUAUUAAAGUUUUAGUUGUGAGAGGAGCAUAUAACAUUGCACCGUGAAUGGAGUUUCUCCAUGAUAUAUUACGGGCAUUACCAUAUGCAAAGAAAUAGUUGUGCAAGCACCUGUCACUAAAAUGCCGAGAUGCUUGUUAAAUGAAGUAUUAGAAAGUUUCUCUGUUUGGUUAUCAAGAAGUCAUUAGUGAGAUUUUGCAAAAUUUUGCUGUUCGUUUUUAUAGUGUCAAAUCUGUUUUAUAAAUAAGUCGGUUUAUUUUUAAACAGUUAACAUUUGAUUGUUAGUGUGAGCAUUGGAAAUUGGUAACGUUUUUUUUAUUAAUUCCACACAAGUGCUUAAACAGCUAUAGCAUUUAAGUUUGUACACAUGCUUGUCAUUUUUAGAUAAGUUUGUAGGCCAAGAAUUGUAACUUUUACCAUGUUUACUUGCAUUUUGAAAGAAUUUUGGUGCAUUUUGUACUUUGUUAAAAGUUUUGCUUAGGUCCUCUUUUCUUUCAUACUAUAAAUUACAGCUUUAAAAUUUGGUACUGUUAUUUAACAUUAUUAGUUGAGAAUGUAUACCAAGAGUCAUAAUUUUCACUUACAGUUUAUCAGAAUUAUGACCCUUUCAUACUUAAAGGAUUUGAACUUCUUAGUUAGGUCCACUUUCUUGCAUACUUCUAGAGCUAAAGCUUUGAAACUUUGUACAAACAUUAUCAUAAGAUGAGUAAGUAGGACAAAAAUUGUAACUCUUUCUUGCAUUUUGUCAGAAUUAUCACCAUAUCUAAAUAAGAAAAUUGGUAUUCCCUGGUUAAAAAUAUUGUUCAGAUCCAUUUCCUUAAAUGCCAUAGCUUUGCAAGUUUAUACAUUUAUUGUCAGUAGGUGAGUAAGAAGGUCAAGAACCAUAACUCUUCUCGCAUGUUGUCUUCUGUCAGGCACUGACAGAUUGGCCCCUGCAGGUGGUGCACUUGUUAAAUAUACCUUUGCCCUAUGACAACAAAGAGAUGAUGUGGCCCUUUGUUUUACUUGUGACUGACUCACAGAAUUGUAGUUCUUUGUUAUAGGGCAGAAUAGGCAUCUUAUUCUGACUCUCAGAAUUGUAGUUCUUUGCUAUAGGGCAGAAUAAUUGUGCAUCUGACUCUCAGAAUUGUAGUUCUUUGCUAUAGGGCAGAAUAAUUGUGCAUCUGACUCUCAGAAUAUUCAUAUAUUAAUGGUGUUGCAUUUCUUUACUGUAAAUCAUACAGUGUAUGCAUUGUUUUGCCCUAUGUCAAUCUGUCACAUAUUUCUUAUGUAUUCAACUAUAGUUUUCAUCCAUUGCAAAUGAAACUUGAUAUACAUCAUUAACAUAAGGUGGGCAAGGGCAUAUUUCAGGGACUUUUAUGUCAGAUAGUUAUGUUCUUUUAGACAUAAUACAUGUAUGCAUUUUCGGGUUUGGACUUUUUAAAAAUUAAAUAUGGAGAAAAAUACCUGAUUUUAUACAAUAUUGGCUUGAAAAACAACGUAAUGUUUGAAAGUGAUCCACUGAUAGGUUUGUUGAAAUCAGAAAUAUACCUUACCCUAACUUCCUUAUUCCAUUGAGGACUGGGAUAUAUUACAGUCUCCUGUCCUACAUACUGUCCAGACAUACAUAAUACCAUAAUUUUACUAUAUUAUAUCUAUGAAAUUUUAGGUAAUUAAUACGGUAAACUUCUGUAAUAUUUUGAAAUAGAGAUUUGUUUUGUCUUGAAGCUUUCUUACAAGCAUUAUGUUGCUGAUAACUAAUCAUUUUAUUAGCUCGACUAUUCGAAGAAUAGAGGAGCUAUCCUACUCGCCCCAGCGUUAGCGUGAGUGUCACACAAAUGUUAAAGUUUGCGUACCACCCAAAAAAUAUUUUCAAAGUACAUUGAGAUAUUGCUUUGAUAUUUUGCAUACUUGUUUACCAUCAUGACCCAAGUCUGUAAAAAAGGAGGAGGCAACUCUGUCAAGCAUUUUGACUGAAUUAUGGGCCCUUUUCGACUUAGAUUAAAUGUUAAAGUUUGCGUACCACCCCAAAUAUUUUCAAAGUCCAUUGAGAUAUUGCUUUGAUAUUUUGCAUACUUGUUUACCAUCAUGACCCCAGUCUGUAAAAAAGGAGGAGGCAACUCCAUCAAGCAUUUUGACUGAAUUAUGGCCCCUUUUCAACUUAGAAUAUGCUUAUUGUAAUGUUAUAGUUUGACUCAUAGCUUAUAUUAUACUAUCAAGCACUGAGAAUAGUCGAGCACACUGUCCACUGACUUGUUGCAAGUAAAGUUGUAAUCAUUGUUUAAUUCUGUUAUAACAUCAACUACUGUGAAAUCAUUUAAAUUCGCUGGCAUGAAAUUUCGCGCAAACGUGAAAAAGGACUGUUUCGCGCGGGCUUUAAUUCGCGCAUUUUCAAUUUAUAAAUGAAAAAAAUGAAAUUAAAAAUAAUAUUACCCCGGUCAUAAAUUCGCGCAUCGGUUCCAGCGCGAAAUACGCGAAAAUUCGUCCUAUGCGAAUAAAAAUGAUUUCACAGUAAAUUAUUUCUGUUUCAACAGCAGCUUACGUUUGAUGUAAAAAUGUAUUGACAUUGUUGAAGAACAUGGAUGGCUCUGUCUCUCUAUUCAUUUGAUUAACAACAUAACUUUAUUAUAUUUUUGAAAAAUGUAUUAAAACAUAUUUUGCUCAUGAUUGUGCAUGCAGUCUGUAUUUUCAAUGAAUUUGACUUUAAUGGAUAGAAACUCUGCAAACUGAGGUUUUUUAAUACAGCAGUACAUAUGCAUGAUAUGUAUGUGGAGAGUAAAUGUUCUAUUAAGUCUUAAUUGAAGUAAAUAUUAAAAAUUGAAAAUUA